AUGCUAUUUGGCUACUCCGGCUCCAGUCGCCCGAACAAAACCAGACAAUCCUCCUCGGCUUCGGUUGCAUCUCAUUCCUCCAACUCCAACUCAGCCACUGACAGGCCGUAUAAAUCGCAUCCUAGAAGCCACUCGCGCGGACCGAGCACACAAUCGACCGGGAAGUCUUCCGGGGCUGCAACAGCAUCUACGGACAAAUUGGUAGCAGCGGAAAGGAAAAUACCUGGUGUCUUUGAUUUUCUCGAAGAGGAAGAAUCCGAGGAGAGCACUUCGUCUGAGUCAGACGACGAUGAUUUCCGUGGUCCAUCCAAUGUGUCCAGAGCGCAAUCCAAGUCAACAACUAGUCCCGCAACUGUCGGGUUGCAGCUAGCCAGGAAUCCCACGGCCAGCCGGAGGUCUACGAUACAUGAUUCUCAUAAUGAAACAGGGUCUUCGGCAGCGCGCUCCGGAAAUUCUCAAGACAAGAAGGGUACAGACUAUCACACGACGCCAGAAGCAUAUUACCCUACUGUACGAAAACCUGCGUUGCCGCCAUCACCCCCAAAGAGCCCAGAGGAGCAGAAAACUUCCAAAAGUAAACCAAGGUCGCGCACGAAUACCAAGUCAUCCGAUGUAUCAUCCGGGUAUGGGCUUAUUGCUUCCCGGCUCAGUACCCCUCAUCCCGAUGAAGCGCAGCAUCAGCUCCCUCCUCUGUACCGGCGAUUUGAACAUCUGAACCACCGCGUUCUGCUUCAUUUACAAGACGAGAUUGCGCAGAUGGAAGAAGAACUUCACGUACUCGACGAAUACGAAGAAAUGCACCGUUCUGUUACCGCAGAUCAAGAAGGGAAAAACAAACCAACGCCUGCCUCAAGACGCAUGGAUGCACAAGCCGAAACUCAUUCCAAUUUACAUCAGCGACGAAAUGAAUUAUUGGGGUCUAUAAUCAGCAAAACUGAGCAAUACAACAAUGCCCUCUGCGCCUACAGCAAAGUCCUGGAAACUCUCCCGCGCGCUUCUGAACAAGACAUCGAAUCCUACCGGGGUUGGAUGAAAAAGCAUAAUCCCGUCACCGCCACCGAAAGCCGUUUCCUGAUUCAUGAUCAGGACCUCAUCUCCGUCACGCCUCGCUCUCUACCUUUGACUGGUACCAGAAUUGCUGCUUCUGCUAAUAGUAACUCUCCCUUCCCUGCUGUCGUGAUCGCGUCCACUGUCAUUCUCCUCCCGCUGCUGGCAUUCAGCCUGAUCUCCGAAUUCUCUGGUCGUCUACUCGUGGUCACGAUCGUGGCUGGUGCAGUGUCAGCAUUCGCAAGUAAUUCCUCGACAGGGAUUGAGCGUCUGAUUGAUGCAAAAGAUGGAUGGAAAUGCGCUGGAGGAUAUUUCGGAUUCAUGACGGUAGCUGCUAUGUUUAUUCCUUGA